CUACUACCCUCUCCCUCCCCUUUCCCACUUUCUCCCUUCUCUCUUUUCCCCUUGCUCCCUCCUUCUCCCUCCUCCCCCUCCCCGUCUGGAGUGAGUGAGUGUAGUGUAGUGUAGUGUAUUGCGGGGUGGGGUGGGUCUCGGUCUGGUGGGCAGUGUCUGGGCCUGGCUGUGCUGGCUGGCUUGCCUUCUGUCUGUCUGCCUGUCUGUCUGUCUCGACUCUCGUCUGUGGGGGCUCAUGCCUUCGCACUCUCUCUUCCCCCCCCCCCUCUCCCUCUCUUUCUUUCUUUCUUCCUCUGUCUUUCCCUCCUUCUCACCCCUUCAGCCCCAACAAGUCUUCUCCUGCCCCUCCUCCUGCUGUUCCUGCUCUCCUUUCUUCUUCGUGGGGAACGUCUACCUCUCACUCGGGUUCCUCAUACCAACCCCUCUUGCUCUUUGCCCUCGAUUCCUUCAUUUAUCGCAUGGGUCGCGCACUUUGUGUGCGAUUUUGGCCCGCGAUCUUAAUGGUGGGGUAAGGUGGUGGUUGCCGGGGCCUUGCAGACGGCAACAGGAAUUGGAGGGAGAGGCUGCGUAAGAUUGCGAGGAUUUUGAUCGAGUAGUGGAGAGGGGACUGUCUGAGUGUGUGUGCCAGAGGAGUGUGAGAUUCUUUAUGAGGGCGCACUGGCGAGGGUGGUAGCCGAGUGGUCUUCUUUAUUUGGUGUAAUUCGGUGGUGUUUCUGCGGGUGGUGAUAUUAGUGCCGGGAUGAGGAUGCAGUAUAUCGACUGUCGUACUUGGGCGUGACAGACACAGAAAGCCAAGACUGGAAAAGCCGUCUGUAGCUGUUUGCUCAUCACUUAAGCUCGGUAAGGGUGGAGUUGGUUACAGGUGAAAGGUUUUGUGAACAGGAGGCGCGUGAUAGGCGAGCUGUACCGUGCAUGUACGCUUGUCAUUGCGACAUCGACCUGGUUCAGUUGAGGAGAUGGCUGCUCACUGCUGAGAGUCUGAGGAAGUUUGCCUGAAACCACCGCAGUUAGUGUUAGGUUUAAGUGUAGCAUGGGCGGAGAAGUUAAUGCGGGUGUAGAAGUGCAGUUUUGCAGUGUAGGAUUGGCAAGUGUUGGCGAGCGUGCUCAUGUGGAAAGGACAAUAAAGGGACGUCUUCUCUCUUGCAGCAGCCAAGCUUCUUCGUCGACGCUAGCAGCUCACGGUAUUAGUGCUUCCGAAAGGAUGGGUGGUGAUAGGACUGAAAGUGGUGGAACUUCAACCUACACCAACGACAACAACAUCCAUUACGAUGACGUCGAGCUUACACGGGACGCGUUUCAGAGGAUGGGCUGUGAAUCUGGGGAAUUUACAGAUUCAGCUCCAGAGGGCAUUGCAGCAGGUGAAACAGGAUUACAGGUAGUUGAAAACGGCGCUCUGUCUAGCUCUCUUGAGCUAUCUCGACAACCUGACAACAACAUUGAUGUGGAUUAUGUGACUCAGCAGCAGCAGCAGCAGCAGCAGCAGCAGCCACAACAUGGACUCGGUCACGGCCAUGGUGUGCAGUACAGUGGGAUACCGAGAGGAUUCGACUUGCCGCUGCCGAGGGCGCAUGAAUGCCGGCCUCCACCUGCAUUGCAUCUCCCUGACCAGAGAAUGAUGGACGGUGAGCUCGCAGACUUGCAGCACGAGGCCCAUCGCGAGGUUGAUUACUCUCAGAGUUCCAAUUUCAGCCUCCCAAUUACUCUUGCCGUGUCUCCAGGGACUUGCCAUGCUUCCUGUCAUGAUGCCAAGGCAUCGCUUGAUCCCAACGCCCGGGAGUACACUCCCAAUGGCCCGUCGCCAUGUAUAUCUCCUGGUGUGCCCCCACCCCUACUGCAGCACCACAUUGGUGUACCCUCCUCGUAUUCUUUUGAAUCAGGUCACAUCUACGUCUCCGGGGUGGAUAGUAGUCGAAUGAUUUACAGUCCAACUUAUGGAUCGGAUACGACAAUAUCGCUCUACGGAAAUGGAGCGCAAAUAGCUUAUGUUCCCGUCUCAGCUCCGCCCUCAGCUCCCUGGGGUGGGAUAGAAAUUCCUGACCUUAGCCAGCAGGUUUCACAAAGUGCUACUGCUGGUCAUCUCUCUGUAACUCCUGUGGGGUUACCAGGAGUUCAAUCUUCUCACGCAUUACGGUCGUUUGGCAUUCCGCCUUUUCAAGCUAUGGGACUUCCUUCACUAGGAAUUUCUAGCAACAAUAUUUUAUCUACCCCGCCAAUUUCAGGCAGAGAGCACGUGUCUCGGGCUAUCUUGUUGAAUGGUGUACCUGCCUCUCUCAGUGACGAACAACUGAAAGUCGAGAUGGGAAAAUGGGGCGAUGUGAGGACUAUUGUUUCAGACCGCAAACUCGUGGAGGGGUUGGUCACUGUCAACUUUUACGAUCUCCGCUGUGCCAAGGAUGCUUUAAGGGAUAUUCAGCAACAGCAUCUGAACAAACAGCAUCGUAUGCAGCAGCAGUACCAGCUGUCUCAGAAGCAGCGUGGAGUGAAUAGCAGUAGUAGCUCUCGGGAGAAUGCGGACAUGGCAUUUGAGAGGCAGGAUGCGGUGAAGCACCCAGAGUUGCUCCCAGAGAGUACUGGUUCCUCGUCUAUGCCAUCUCAUUCUGCGAAAGGUCUUGUCUGUGGCAUUGUGAUGUGGGCUCAGUACACGCUUCCCAUCGGGGCUGCAGCAGGUCCUGAUGGUCUGAAUCAGGGCACUCUUGUAGUUUUCAACCUGGACGUCGACACGACCAUGGAGUGUCUAAAGUCUGUUUUUGAAGUCUACGGUGAUGUUAAAGAAUUACGAGAGACCCCUGCCAAGAAGCAGCACAAAUUUGUUGAGUUUUUUGAUGUGCGAGAUGCUGCUAAAGCUCUUAAAGCUCUGGAUGGCACGGAGAUACACGGAAAGCGUGUAAAGAUUGAGUUCAGUCGUCCUGGUGGCCAAGCGCACAAGGCUCGUGUACAGCUUCAACAGCGGGCGCAGGGGAGCUCAGUGUACAAUUCAAUAGCUAGCAGUUUGCCUUCUCUAGCCGGAGCAGGGCCAGUCGCAGUCGCGGGUCAACCUCUAUACGCAAUGGGGACAUGGAGUGGAGAUGCUGCAUGUGGACCUGUAACAAUGCCGGGUGCCCACGGCGCCCCCCCUGCUUGUUUGUGGUCUCCAAAUAUUGGAACUCCAGUCUCUCCUUUAGGAUUAGUGCAAGCACCUUGGAGUAGUGGUGCCGGCCAGCUGCAAACUUACAACUACACGUCCAUGCAGGGAGGCCCGGCAAACCCUGCAGGCUCGCUUGUUGUCGUUGGAAAUAUGAAUGCGUUGUCGUUCGGUAGAGCUGGGGGUAGGGCCUUGACGAUGCCCUACACUGGAGCAUCAGCGUCUCCUGGUGAAAACUACGCUCCCUCAAGAGCGCAGGGAUCAUUUGGGAGUGGGAGCGGCAGCACCAGCGGGCAGGGUAGAGUAGAUGGGAUUUCAAGUCGCAGGUCAAAGCGCAAUUCGUCUGUAAAUGGAAAUGCUGGUUUUGGUAAAGUAGAUUCUGCGAGUCACUUAGGCUCGGGAGGGAAGCUCAGGGAAGGUCCUCGCGUGGGCACGCGCAUUUCGACAAACAAACUAGCUUCUCGAGCAGAUAUUCCUCCUCAGUACAUUUUUGAUGAAUCUGGAGUUCAAACCAAUGAUACUCAUCGGACAACUCUUAUGAUUAAAAACAUCCCUAAUAAGUACAGUCAGCAGAUGCUACUUUCGCUUCUGGACACCCACUGUAUUGAAUGCAAUAAACGUCUAGAGGAUCCAAAUGACCCAAAGUCAGCAUAUGAUUUUGUUUAUCUGCCAAUUGACUUCAAGAAUAGGUGUAACCUGGGGUACGCAUUUGUGAAUUUUACUACUGUCCAAGCAACAAUGAGACUGUAUAGAGCUUUUCAUCUUCAACAAUGGGAAGAGUUCAACUCACGGAAAGUGUGUCACGUGACAUAUGCAAGAGUCCAGGGUCGAGCGGCUCUGGAGGAACAUUUUAAGAAUUCUCGGUUUGCAUGCGAUACGGACGAUUACCUUCCACUUAUGUUCCGUCCUCCCCGGAAUGGCGUGGAUUCCACACAAACUAUUACUGUUGCGGCUGUUCAUCAAUCAAGUCGAGCACUGGGCAAUACAUCAGAGGACAGGGAGCAUGGGAGGGGGCCACGCAACGGAGAGAGAACUGGUGAUGAAAGAAGGAUUUUAGGAAAUGGUUGUAGCGGCCAUGAGUUAGAAAUGGGUCAAAUGCCGAGCGGGCAAUCUAGAGGAAGUUCUUCAUCAGGGGUACAUAGGUCUAGUAUGCCGCAACAGCAUAGAUGAUAUUAUUGCAUGCUGAUGAUUGAUCUAUCGUGGGGUUGAAAGGAGGUGGUUCUACACGGUGAUAGCAUGAUUGCUGUGAUGGUAUGACGUGGCUUUUGUAAGAAUUUAGUGAGCCAAUCUGAGACAAUAUCGGUCCAGGAAUCUCCAUCCUAGACUGGUCAGUCAGUAUACUUGACAUUUAAGUGAAACUCUUGCUCAAACAUUACUAGUCCAUUGAUUUCGUGCCCUUGUACAGAGCUGGUUUUGUUUUUGGGGCAUCACACCUUAUGUUAUAUGCUGCCUACGAUUGCAUCUUAAUCUAAGAACGCUCAUGUCAA